UUGGGACACCGACAAUCCCCCUUCCGCGUGAUAUACGCGGAUUAUGUCAUAUACGAGCAGCUGCAUCACGAGUUUAUGAACCGGCCCCAAGCAAGAGCUGCUUUUCUUCAUGGGGGACUAAUAUGGCGGUUGGCUUUGCACAGCCUCGGUUUUGAUCAUCUCCCAUCUGUCCUUGAUGGUAUCUCGCCCAAAGCUGUUCCAUUUGGUCUCCUAUUGUGCAGCAAUGGUCAGACUUACUAUGAUGAUGGGUUGUCGGAAGAAGAGAUCGAUUUUAUGUGCGGGACAUACUACGUGCACCAGGCUCAGGGCACGAAUGUAGUAGUAUCUUGGUGGCCUCGGCCACAUGCUUGGAAUGCAUCGGGCUUAAACAUUGGUUUUUGGUCUGCUCGUUGCGAAGAUUGGUUCCAAACCCGUCUGGACAAUAUCUGA